CUGAAUGAUUUAAGCUCCGUUGCUGGGUCAGUAUGUGAUAUGUCAGUACGACCAGCGACACCGGAGUCAAACACCAGCGAGUGAGCCUUUCUGUAUGCCCCGGGGCAAUGGGGCAUCAAAGCUGACAAUAAUAAGCCACUUAGUCCACGACAUGAAUUCGCUCCAUGCAUCGGGGGAGAUAUCUCCUGGCCUCAAGGACACGAACAACAAUCUAACACAACCUACAUCCUCCGUCUCACUCACACCGGAUACCGUUUCAGGUGCAAGAUCCAAUCGAAGUACUCUCAUGGAGCCCACAGAGAGCUCAGCAGGGAAUCAAAGAACAUCAUCUCCGAUUAGAGGAUCAUCAAAACUCUCCUACGUCACGACUCGUUAUCGUUCACCUCUACCACCCAAACUGAGCCCCUUGUCCAAAGACUUUGGUGGAUGUACACUAUCGCCUAAUGGAACCAAACUCCUAUGGAGAGACAAACGAUAUAUGCUCAUUGAUAUCAAUUCAGGGAAGGUCAAAGAUAUUGAUCCUAAACCGUCCCGGUUCAGCCUUGCAAGUCUUCCAUCACGAGCGCAUCCCAUCAUCGAAACCUUCAAAGUCCAAAUUCUUACAACCGAUGCGUCACUUCUCCUUGCGAGGGCAAGAACAAUUCUAGGGACGUUUUGGAUGUCCGGUGAUAGGCGAACAGGCGAAUGGAAGCCACUCGUGAGAUGUUCAGAUCCUUCCUCGCCUGCUUGCAUUCUAUCGCUAUCACAAAAUUGCGCACUAUUUGUCCAGAUCAAUGACAAGGCAGAAGCUUUCAUUAUCAAGGUGACCAAAACAAUUACCCCUGAAGGAAAACCAAAGAUCAAAUUCUUAACAAGUGGGGCUCUCUGUCGAGGUAAUGAAGUCGACCAAAGGCUUUUUACGUUCUCCCGCGUGAAACAAACGAUCAGUGCCGUAAGGCAUGUAGAGGAUUCCGCAAUCUUGUACACAUGGAAGCUCCACGAGGGCUGGUUCACCGAUACUGGCCUAUCAUGGCAAACACCAGAGCCUAACACACUCCUCUUACCGGCAUACCAUGGGGAAGAUGAGAUAGCUAUCGUUAGCCUAGUUCCUGGAAGCAGCACUCAGGUUUUGGCAAUAAAGUUCCCCAAUGAUACUCUCCCUGAAGACUUAAUAAUCACUGGCCAGGAAGUACCAUCCUAUCCCUCCCCUCCCAAGCAGGGCUGCAUCGCUGUGCCACAGAAACGAGCAUAUAAUUACAGCAGAGUUUGCUCAAAUUGGAAAGGUAUCAUCUCUGAAGAUAGAGAGCUCAUAUAGACUAAGUCUUCGGCUGCUUACGGGGAAGUUAUAAGCGAGAUAUACUCUA